GAAACUCAGAAAAUCGGAAUUUGGAGGGAAAAAGGGGAAACUUAAAACUAUAGUGUCUUGACGGGAGUCUUGGCGGCGGCGAUGGAGCAACAACUCCUCCGCAGCUUCCUCGAACUGAGCGCCACCGAUGAGCCCCCAUCCAGGCACACCCUAACACUCGCACGAUCACUAAUCACCAAUCCUUCAACUUCAGAUUCAACAAUCUCCACUAUUCUCCAAGCCCUAACACACUCUCUCUCCCUGAAUCCUAACCCUCACACCAUCUCUCUCCUCUCCGACAUCUCUCUCCGCCACCCCCACCUCCGCCGUCUCAUCUUCUCCUCUCUCCGUACUUUCUCUCUACUCCCUCACAAUUCUCCUCGCCUUGUUGUCGAAUCGCUGUCUAUACUCGUAUCGAUUGCUGAGCAGGACUCUGAGCUUCUUCAGUUAGUUGAAGAGUUGAGUGAGAGUGUGUUUUUGUCUGUAUGUUUUGGUGGUUGUGUUAGUGCCAGGAGGUGGUUGUUGGCGAAUGCUAAGAGGAUUUUGGUUCGGCCGGCGGUGUUGGUUACCGUGUUUUUAGGGUUUAGUAAGGAUCCGUAUCCUGAAAUUAGGAGAGUUGCUUUGGAUGGAUUGAGCUGUUGUGUUGGGAUUCAGGAUAGAGGGGUGAUGGAGGGGUGUUUUUUGCGUGGUGUUGAGAUGCUUUCAGAUACGGAGGAUUCUGUUAGAUGCUCCGCCGUUCGAGUUAUUAGUGAGUGGGGGCAAUUACUCACGGCAUCCAGCGAGGGAGCAAGUAAAAAGUACUGGUCUGAUGCCUUAUUUGAAAAGCUUUGUUCAAUUGUCAGAGACAUGAGUGUAAAAGUAAGACUUCAAGUUUUUGAUGCCAUUGGGAAGAUAACGAUGGCCUCCGAGAAUAUUCUACUUCAAACCCUGUCUAAGAAAGUACUUAUCAAAACACAAACAUCUGAUGUUGCUGGAGCUUUUGUGCAUGGGAUGGAGGACGAAUUUUAUGAGGUGCGAAGGUCUGCUUGUUCUUCCUUGCGUGAACUCUUCAUCCUUUCUUCUGACUUUGCUUGUAAAGCCUUAAAUUUGUUGGUGGAUAUGUUGAAUGAUGAUUCAAUAGCUGUCCGAUUACAAGCACUACAAACAAUGCAUCAUAUGGCGCAACAUGACCAUCAGGUUCAAGAAGAAUACCUUAACCUGCUGUUUGGUGCUUUAUUUGACACGUCUUCCUCAAUAAGGUCUGAAGCAAGGAGAAUAAUUCAGUUACUUAAGAUGCAUAGUUCAAAAAUGUUUAAGUUCUGUGUUAAUGGCCUUGUUAAAAAUAUGGAAGCUUUUCCUCAGGAUGAAGCUGAUAUAUUUCUUGUUCUCUUUAUUAUCGGUCGAAAACAUGGUAGUUAUGCUGCAAGUACUGUUGAGGAGACUUCUCAAGAUAUAGAUGACUUUUUCGAAGGCAAGUUGGGAUCUAAUGGUGCAAAAACUGCUCUAAUUCUAGUACUGGCCAUUUCAGCUUCACUAUCACAUGAGAUAAACAUAUGCAGAAUUCCGCCCAGAAUGUUUUCAUAUGCAGUCACUCUUCUGGGGAGAAUAUCUUCUGGGUUAGCUUAUGCUUUGGAUCGUCAUGUACUGUUCUCUUACUUGUGUGCUUGCAGUAGAUCCACAUCUGUUUCUGACUCGGAGUUGAUUAAAGGGGAUGAGAUUCUGCAACAUAUAGUAAAUGAUUCCUCGCGUAAUCAGGAAUCACGGGAGCAGAGCAGCUCAGAAGUAUCAAUCGCAGAUUGUCAGUUGGAGGGGAUCGAAGUAUUAGCAUUAGUGAAUCUAGUCCUAGCACAAAUUAGUAACAUGUGGCAACCGAUGCAAGUUGGAUGCAUUGAUGGAGUACUUAAGACUUUAAGGAGUUUGAAAGAAGAACUGGGAAGCAUAAAUAAUACAUCAUCCCAAUCUUCUGGUGUUUUGGUUUUUGCACUGAAAUAUAUACGGGUGUUGGAGCUUUUUGGAAAGAUCUGGACAAACUUAAUGUGUCUGAAGAAGUCCCCGUUAACAGGAGAGAUAGAAAUAAAUUUUGGAGAAUUAGAUUAUAAACUAAGAGAACUGGCUUACACAUUCUUAGGGUUGGAUAAAGAAGUGACGAUCCACCUCCUGGAGUUGAUGGUGGUGACUUGUACACUGAAGUUAUGUAGUUUACAGCCUUGGUGUUAUGUAUCUACUCUGAGAAAGCUACAUUCCAUAUACUCAGUUGUGGAACUACUUCUUGACAAGGGAUCCAUUGAGCCUUCACAUUUUUUGGCAGAAGCAGGAAAAUCUUUGCAUGGAGUUCAAACCUCAAUUGGCGGGAUGAGUAACUUGUUUCAGUUCAGGAAGUUGCUGGAAUUAUUUUCUCUGAAGCAGGUUGAGUUGGCAGGAGGGCUGAAACACGUCAAGGCAGAGUUGGAUAUCAUCAACAAUACCUGUGAAACUCCACUUUUCUUUGUUUCAGGCCUGCCUGUUGGAAUAAGAUUACAAAUCACCUUAUAUAACAUGGAUGUUGAUAACAGGUUGUGGGUGAAGUUAACAGUGAACGAGUAUUCUUGUCAAUAUGUGUAUCUUGACCUGAAACAAUUCGGAGAUAGUGACCCUGUUAAAAAGUUUGUAUUUGCUGCGCCAUUUUACAGAACUCCUAAAACAAAUUGUUUCAAGUUGAGAGUUACCUUAGGUAUGGAAGAUUUAUCUGGUGAGAAGGUUAUAGUAAGGAACUUUAGGCAUCCUGAGCAUGAUCUCAUUUACCUUUGCACCGAGAAAGAGGUGUUUCUUUCCAGGAUUGUAAAAUAGGAUUAAGCAUUAGCUAUACAUGCCUUGUUUAUAAGCUCUUAUAUUUGAAUGUCUAAA